UCACCUCCACCGUCGCCCCGCUCACUGUUAUCUCGAAGCUAUCAGUCUGAGCCCAUCCCCAUCAGACAGCUGCCCAACAGUGCUUCCCUCCUCUGUGGCCCCAGACUCAGUCCACCACCACCGGCCCGCUUCCGUCUAGUCGAGCCCUCGCUGCAUUUCCGUGCUCGGAGUGAACCCUUUGCGCCUCACGCUCCUCGAACGAUCAGCCAUUCGAGGACCCAGUCCUUUCCUCCAUCCGUGACACAGCCUCACAUCGACCAGAUUCAUCAUGCAGAGAAACUACGUGAUAGCGAUCAUUGUGAUCGUUCUGUUCGUGUUGCUAGCGCUGGUGGGCUAUGCAAUCUACGCAAUCCAAAAUCGAGUGAGCCUGUUUGCGAAGAGGGAGAAGGAUCUAGAAGAGGCGGAGGAAGAAGAAGAGUAACGGCCUCACAAACCGUACGCGCUCGUGCACGGGUACGGUUCCAACUUGACGAUGACGACUUGCAACAGGGUGUUCCGGCGAAGAACAGGUCGGUCUCUGGGAUAUUACGGUUGGAAGAUGACGCAGAUUAUUGGUUUUAA